AUGCUCUCCAUAGCUGCAAUCCCUCCCUUUGCUAUGGGCGUAGAUCCAGUCAUACUAGGCGUAUUUCUAAUAGCGAUAAGAGAAAGAUGGACCCUCAUGAUUAAAUCCCUGGACAGCUACAUCAAGAAUGCACCGUCCAUAUACUCCAUUCACCUAUCCUUGGCCUGUAGCCUUCCGCCUCUCCGUAUCACGAAUGUAGCUGAGCGGAGAGGCGAGUUAAGAGGCGAGAAAAUGAGCAUGCUGGGAGGCGAAAGGUGGACCGAGAUUGCUGAGCGAGAAAGUAGGCUCUUUGAGAGUCGAUAUGGUGCGUGGACGUGA